AUGGGUGACUAUUACCAACCAACUUUAUUGUUCAGACAAAAUGCUAUACGGAGAUUCAAUCCUAGCUUGUCUCCUAUCUCAAGUGUUAUAAGCUUGACUGAAGAUGCAACCACAUCGGAAUCGUCUAUCAACUCACCAUACCUUGACAAAUUUGCCCACAACGCAGGUUCAUCAUCAUCAUCAUCAACAUCGUCGUCGUCGUCGUGGUUACUCAACUUACAUAAUGAAAAAGAUACCCAAGUAUUGAGCAAAUCGUGUUCAUUGAACCGGACUAAUAUCAAGUCAAACUACUGGAAGAUUCCGGAUAACAAUAUGAAUUUGACAUCAAUGUGUGUCAAGAACCAAUCGCUGCAAAUUCCAUUAUUGGCGAUCUCGCUGAACAACAGAGAUGACAAUUUGUUCAUAUAUGAAAUCAAUCUAGAUUCCAAUCAUUUGAUUCAUCACUCAACUAUUAGUUUGUCGAAUAUACACAAUAUGAAGUGGAUAAAUAACACCACAACCAGUGAUAGGAAUUAUCUCGUUACAGGAAAUAGCAAGGGGUACGCCCACUUGGUAUCGAUGCCUGAUGUUGGAUCGGGUUCUAUUGACGAGCAGGAGUACUCGGCCGAGAUUUGCAAACGAUUCAAUCAUAGAAAACAUAUCAAGGAUAAGACCAGGGCCGAUGCAAUGUUGCCAAUAAAACAAUUGAAUCUUUUCAACAGUGACCGAGAAAUGGUUUCGAUUUACGAUGAUUACCUCUUCCAUUGGGAUAUCAUGAAUACGGAGUCACAACAACGCCCACAACCCAUUUCAAUCACAACUGUGAAGGGAAUUAAGAAUUUUGAUGUCUUGCCACAUAAUAACACAACAUUGAGUAUUUGUGGUAAAUUUGGGAUUUCAUUGUUUGACACGAGAGAUUCAAGAUUCAGUAUACCCUUGUCGUCAUCAAUGUCGAGAAAUUACCGCCAGUUAUCGGGAAACAUUGUCAAGUGGAACCCUGAUAAUGAUAAUAUACUAGCCGUUGGACAUGGUGAUGGCGUUGUUCGAUUGUGGGAUAUACGGAAACAAGAUUAUUUCACGAGUUUACAUGGACAUUCACAUCGCUCAAGAUUGAACCUAGUGACGAGUAUUGAAUGGGAUCAAGGGGAUUUAUUCACUGGUGGGCUAGAUGGAAAUAUAGUACAUUGGGACCUCACUUCGGAUGUCAGUUUGGAUGACAUUGGACAUAUGGAUUGUGGAUUGAGAGAAGGGUUGGACAGUGUUAGAUUUAAUAAAGUGACAAACGCGAUGGAAGUUGAUGUCAAUCAAAGACAAUGUGGUACUAUUCUACCAGCAUCCAAUACAAAUGUGGUUAGUAUGUGUUCGGUUGCAAACGAUAGUAAUGAAAUCAAGAUUAUGUCGAUUGAUGGGUCGUCAUUUUUGGGUGUGCAUUCUCAAGUGAGGGAGGCAAUCAAAUUGAAUAUCAAUCCGGAGAAGACGCACUAUACUGAGGAAGACAUACAAGAGUUGCUAAGGUCAGUCAACAGCAAGGAGGACUUGGUUGAAUCUGGCCUGCAAGAAAGCUUAAUUGAGCCGGUGAAACCAUUAAACAUACAAAGAAAACCAACAUUCAUCAGCAUUCGCAGUAUAGACUCCACUUCUGAACAAGAGCAAGAGCAAGAGCAAGGACGCGUACUGGAUUCAGAGACUGAAACUGAGUCAAACAAUGCUCUUGAAUUGACAUUGAUUCCGUCGCCUAAAUUCAAUCAUCCAGAGCUGGAUGAUACGUUAUCAAUGGAUGAUUUUGAUUUCACAUUGAAUAACAACACCUCAAAUUCGGAUAUGUCUGGUCCAGACUCGCCUCAACAUUCGUCGAUUAACGACUCAAUGGACUCGCUAUCAACAAUAGCUACAGAUGUAGAGACAAUGAUUGUACAUGACAAGGGAAAUGAAAAAUCGAUGGUGGCUGAGCCUGUGGCGGAUGAACUUUCCGUCGAGCGAGAAAAGAGCCUGUUGUUCAAGACCUACUCUGGAGAUUGCUUGAAGGCUUACAAGUACCAUGAUAUUUUUAGAUCAUUGGAUGAUUUGAAUUUGACUUAUUAG